AUGGAUGAAACGGGGAGUGCGGAGAGGUAUAGGCACGCUGUGAUACGGCCCUAUAUAAUCGCCGGCAGGACUAUCUUCCUUUUAAAGACCACCUCCUCCUCGCGUUGGUUUCCACUCAGUGAUGUCGCGUAUUUGUGUGGCGCACCUGUAAAGAGCGAGACAGGCAGAAGCCGGCUUUUUUAAUUAUUUGAUUCCUUUUAUUUCUUCUGUUCUUUUUUCCUUUUGUUUCAUGCAUUUGCUGAAAGGAAAUCAUUUCUGUGUUUUGAUUUAAUAAAUAUUUCAUUUCCUCAUUUUAUCUUGUUUGUGUUGGCUUUUUAUGUUUCCAAGUUUGAACUAAGAGAGCGGAAUUCAUCAUUUUACGAGCUAUUGGCCAGGUGUUUCAUUCAGAGAUUGUUUGCCUAAGGACGUCCCUAACUUUCAUUUAUAGAAACGACGGCAACUCCAAACUAACAUGGCAGUCAGACUGUGCGAUGUGGCUUCUCUGCUUAGAAGUGGUUCGUGGGCACCUGAGCCUUGGACUGGGCAGGUAAUUGCUGCCAUGGAAACACAGUUGUCCAAUGGGCCAACUUGCAACAACACGAGCAACGGUCCCUCAACAAUCUCAAACAACUGCUCCUCGCCAGUAGAGUCAGGGAGCAUAGAGGACAGUAAAACUAACUUGAUAGUCAACUAUCUGCCUCAGAACAUGACCCAGGAAGAGCUCAAGAGUUUGUUUGGGAGCAUCGGAGAGAUUGAGUCCUGUAAACUAGUUCGAGACAAAAUAACAGGUCAAAGCCUAGGCUACGGAUUUGUGAAUUACGUGGACCCAAAGGAUGCAGAAAAAGCCAUUAACACCCUAAAUGGCUUGAGACUUCAGACCAAAACCAUCAAGGUUUCCUAUGCCCGUCCAAGCUCCGCCUCCAUCAGAGAUGCAAAUUUGUACGUCAGUGGCUUGCCAAAAACCAUGACUCAGAAGGAGCUGGAGCAGCUCUUCUCGCAGUACGGGCGCAUCAUUACCUCACGCAUUCUGGUGGACCAGGUGACUGGCGUCUCCAGAGGAGUCGGCUUCAUUCGCUUUGACCGGCGAGUCGAGGCCGAGGAAGCCAUCAAGGGUCUGAACUGUCAGAAGCCGCCCGGCGCCACCGAGCCCAUCACGGUCAAGUUCGCAAACAACCCGAGCCAGAAGACCAGCCAGGCCCUGCUGUCCCAGCUGUAUCAGUCGCCCAAUCGAAGGUACCCAGGACCCCUCGCACAGCAGGCACAACGCUUCAGGUUGGACAAUCUGCUGAACAUGGCCUAUGGAGUCAAAAGCCGGUUCUCGCCCAUGGCCAUCGACGGGGUGACCAGCCUGGCCGGCAUCAACAUCCCGGGGCACGCCGGCACCGGCUGGUGCAUCUUCGUGUACAACCUGGCCCCGGACGCAGACGAGAGCAUCCUCUGGCAGAUGUUCGGGCCGUUCGGCGCCGUCACAAACGUCAAGGUCAUUCGCGACUUCAACACAAACAAGUGCAAAGGAUUUGGUUUUGUCACGAUGACUAAUUACGACGAGGCGGCGGUCGCCAUCGCCAGCUUGAAUGGAUACCGCCUCGGGGACAGAGUUCUUCAAGUGUCGUUCAAAACCAACAAAACACACAAAGCCUAAAACCCACCGAGAUUGUUUCUAGAAAACUCACCAGAAAACGGAAGCAGAAAAUGGAAGCAUAUUGACCGUAACUUUCUACAUUAGUAAAAACAGCUUUGUAAGUCAGUGUUGCAAAGAAAAACAAUAUUUAGCGUCCAACAAUGUGAUUUUUUUUUUUGUUUGUUUUUUGAUUCCUUUUUUUCUUUUCAUUGCUACGCUUUGAAUCUUCUCAGUAUACUUUAAAAACAAAAAAAAAGUUCAGGUUUGAGGCCUGUGAAGUUGAAUUUCCUUGCUGUCUUUACAGAUGGGACAGAUGAAAAAUGUUACUCUAGUUUUUGUCAUUUUGUUGCACAUCUGCUUUGAAACAGUAAGUCUUGUAAAAGUUAUGUGUUGUGACUUUCUUUCCACUUUUCCGUGUCCUGAUUUGCCAUAGGUGCGUUUAUGCCUUCAGUGGUUAGCGAGUACUUACUUUGAACUCUUCGCGGGUUUUUUUUUUGUUGUUUUUGUUGGAUUUUGUAAGUAUUGUUUCUCGUAAUAUAAGUUGGUUCUUGGUUGGCUGCAAAAAUGUUGCUUAUUGUAAACUUAAAGGAGAAAAAGACAAAAAAAAAAUUCUUAAAGCAGUACCUUGCCAAAGAGUGAAUGACCUCUUUGAUGUGGGUUUAAAAAGCAUCUAUUUUUAUAAAAAGAAAAAUUUGGAGAAACUUUUUACUGGACCUGGAACAAAAUAUUUUGACUUGGAUACUUUGAGAAAUAUCUUCAUAUGACACCUUGUGAGCUUUUGAACUUUACAAGAAAGUUUGCAGUGGUUGAAAUUUCUGGAGAGAUUUAUGAUGUAAAAGAUACCUUUUGAGAUCUUUGUAUUAUCUUUAGAUUCUAGAAUCAGCCGCGGGGCUGGUUUCAUUUGUAAAACCAUCUGUGGGUCCCCCCCGUCAUCCUGGUCGCUACGACGAGCAACUCGCUUUCCGAUUUGGUUUGAGAAAAAACGAGAAACUCUACAGAGGUUUAUUUGCAAAAAAGUGCAUGCAAAAUUCUAACAUGGUGAUAUCUUAAAAGGUAAACGGGGGAUAAAAAUCAGUUCUUCCUCUACGAUUCCCUUCAGAUGGAGCUCAUGGUGUUUUGUGGUGUACCUACGAUAUAUCAUCAGACAGAUUUUUGUCUCGAUAUCCACCAGUCUGAGAAACCGAGCAGAUUGCUGGAGCUUUGAGUGAUGUAAAUAAGUCCUUUUCCUUUUUCUUUUUGGUUUUUUUUUUUGGUAUUUGGCAGACUUUUUCGUUUCUAGUUUGGACUUCAUUGAAAAAGGUGAUAUAAUAUAUAUUGUUUUGGGUUUUUCCUUUCAUGAAGUAUGUACGGUAUUUUUCUUUUUGGAUAUUUUACUUUGAGGUUCUCUUCAGUUGGGAAACUUUGAUUUGUUGUCCUUCGGACUAGCAUUACAGUGCAUCAGAUUUGUUGGUUGUUUGGUCUGUAGAUAGUCUUGCUUCGUAAAAAAAAAAAAAAA